UUAUGUUCACCUCCUCUCCUUCCUCUUCCUCCGCCCCUCCUUUUACAUCUCUGUGACACAGAGAAGAUGGAAUACAUCCUUGGAACUUCUGACGCAUCCUCCAACCCCUCUGUACAGACGUUGACUUCCUACGUGGGAAGUAACGUUCGGGACAGAGGUUAUAAUGGCAGCUAUCUUAGCGAGAGCUUUAGUUACCUGAGCCCACCAAACGCACAGGUGCCUCAGAACAAACCUGCAGUAUCCAGAUAACUGUAUCGGAUAAACCAUGGACCAGGAACCGAAACAAGAACAAGAACAAAAACAAGAACAAGAGCCAAAACAAGAACAAGAGCAAGGCAGCAUAGAGGAGGCUCCGGUUCAAAAGAAACAAGAGGAGGACAACCAGGAGGAAUCUGAGUAUGCCAAGAAAACAUCCCCGUUUCUGACAACAGUUCCAACUGCCGUGACAAAGUUUGGAAGUUUCAGAAAAACUAACAUGCCCCCCCUUUCACUCCCUUCACACGGCAUGGAGUUAUCAGAAGCAAAAAAAGAAGCUCACUUGAAAGAGUCAUUCGGCGUGGGCCCUCUAGUUUUCCCUGCUUUACAGCGCUUCAACAACAUUGACGCCUUCCUCGCUUUUUACUGUGUAGUGGUCCUAGCUCAAGGUUUUGUGUUUGGUCUUGUUGAUCUGAGUACUGAGUAUUUUGAGAAGGAAUUUUAUAUGUCAAGUCCAGAGAAAUUUGCAUUGUCCUUCGCUUAUGAUCUUACAUCUUUAUUGUCAGCAAUACUUGUAGCCUACUAUGGAAGCAGAUAUAACAGGUCAAAAUGGGUGGCAGCUGCUGCCUUUUUAGUGGGGCUUGGAUCUGUUUUAUGUGCUGUUCCAUUCAUGAAAUAUGAAGUUAUCCCACAAAUAAAAGAAAGCGAAGAGUUGUGCAUAGAUGAAGAACACAGGGCAAUUCCAAAUUGUCUGGAAAACUUGGCACCGCACAGAUCAGAAACCCUCUAUUUCUUCAUCCUCGGGCAGUGUCUCCAGGGAAUUGCAGGGAUGCCUAUUUACAUCCUUGGUGUGAUCUUCCUUUUUGACCACUCUGCCACACACUUAGCUGGUAUUUAUUUAGGUAUUGGUGAAGCUGUACAAAUACUGGGAUACGGUCUGGGUUUCGUAGUGGGAUCACCAAAUAUUAAACCUCCAAAGAAUCAAGGUUUGAACAGAUUGAUGAGUCUCGCGUCUCUAUUGCAGCAGAUCAAUUGGUGGGCUGGUUUCAUUGGUGCCACUCUGCUUGCGUGGGUCGCCUUUUUCCCAUUACUAUGUUUUCCAUCGAAUUUACCUGGUGCAAAGAAGAUACAACUUCGAAAAGAAAAAGAACCUUCCACUGUUGACAAGCACCUUAAAAAUAAGAAAUUUGGACCUCGUUUGAAGGAUUUGCUUCGUGCUCUUCAGGUAAAGUCAGGUAAAUUGGGAAACCUCACAGCUCCAUGCAAUAAGCACUGUGGCUGCACAAGCCCUAACUAUGCUUCUGUGUGUGGAAGAGAUGAUGUUGAGUAUUUCUCUCCCUGCUUUGCAGGCUGCGUAUCUCUUAAAGAAUUAAACAAUGAAAAGACAUACUACAAUUGUUCUUGCAUUAAAAAAGGAUUGACAAAUGCAGAUUCUGAAGGAGAUCUUAUUGAUGCCAUUCCUGGAAAAUGUGAUACCAAGUGUAACACAUUACCUUUGUUUUUUGCUUUUUUCUUUUCUUCGAUUGCUUUUUCUAGUUCGGCUAGUACACCAAUAACCUUGAUUAUACUCCGAACUUUACCUAACAAUUUAAAGUCCCUGGGCAUGGGUGUGACCUAUACAGCUUUGAGAUUAUUAGGAUCCAUCCCUGGACCACUACUUUUUCAAUUAACAGCAAGUAGUUCUUGUAUUUACUGGGAUGUUAGUAAAUGUGGAAGUAAAGGUCGUUGUUGGAUCUACAGUAAGACAAAAAUGGCCUUCAUAUUGUUGGGACUAUGUAGUGUUUGCAAAUUGGCCACAACCUUCCUUGUUUUUUAUGCACUUCAAAAAUAUGACAUUCUGGUGCAUGACAGUUCUGAGAAUCUGGCCCCUUCUGGAAAGAAAGCCAAAAAGAAAAAAAGAAUAAAAGAAAAAAGUUAUUUCUAA